AUGGCCUCCGCUGCACCUCCUACUAACACACUACCUCCUUGCCGGUCGGUCCAUACACGGGUAUCACGCCGCGCUCAAGUCGCAGGCAUGGCCUCCUCUGCACCUCCUACUACCUCACUGCCUCCUUGCCGGUCGGUCAAUACACGAGUAACACGCCACGCUCAAGUCGCAGGUAUGAUCUCCGCUGCACCUCCUACUUACUUACUGCCUCCUUGCCGGUCGGCGCAUACACGGGUAUCACGCCGCGCUCAAGUCGCAGGCAUGGCCUCCGCUGCACCUCCUACUAACUCACUGCCUCCUUGCCGGUCGGUCCAUACACGGGUAUCACGCCGCGCACAAGUCGCAGGUAUGAUCUCAGCUGCACCUCCUACUAACACACUGCCUCCUUGCCGGUCGGCCCAUACACGGGUAUCACGCCGCGCUCAAGUCGCAGGCAUGGCCUCCGCUGCACCUCCUACUAACUCACUGCCUCCUUGCCUGUCGGCCCAUACACGGGUAUCACGCCGCGCUCAAGUCGCAGGCAUGGCCUCCGCUGCAUCUACUACUAACUCACUGCCUCCUUGCCGGUCGGCCCGUACACGGGUAUCACGCCGCACUCAAGUCGCAGGCAUGGCCUUCGCUACACCUCGUACUAACUCACUGCCUCCUUGCCGGUCAGCCCAUACACGGGUAUCACGCCGCGCUCAAGUCGCAGGCAUGGCCUCCGCUGCACCUCCUACUAACUCACUGCCUCCUUGCCGGUCGGCCCAUACACGGGUAUUACGCCGCGCUUAA